UGUUCUAUAAUCUCUCUCUCUUACAGAUACCUUGCUUAUGUGGCAGUGCACCAUGUCUACUGUGCCGAUGCUGCCCCAGUGGAAACAACUCCACCAUAACUAGGCUAAUUUAUGCUUUCUUCUUGCUGCUUGGUGUGGGUGUUGCCUGUGUAAUGCUAAUGCCAGGAAUGGAGGAGCAGCUGAAGAAGAUUCCUGGAUUCUGUGAUGGAGGGAUUGGAACAACUAUUCCUGGUGUACAUGGCCAUGUGAAUUGUGAUGUCUUAGUUGGAUACAAAGCAGUAUACCGUGUGUGCUUUGGUAUGGCUAUGUUCUUCCUUCUGUUCUCUUUGUUGAUGAUCAAAGUGAAGAGCAGCAGUGAUCCAAGAGCAGCAGUACACAAUGGAUUCUGGUUCUUCAAAUUUGCUAUAGCAGUAGCAAUUAACGUUGGAGCUUUUUUCAUCCCAGAGGGACCGUUUACAACUGUAUGGUUUUAUGUCGGCAUGGCUGGGGCCUUCUGCUUCAUUCUUAUUCAGCUGGUCUUGCUUAUUGACUUUGCUCACUCUUGGAAUGAAUCUUGGGUUGAAAAAAUGGAGGAGGGAAAUUCAAGAUGCUGGUAUGCAGCUCUGCUGUCAGCUACAGCUCUAAAUUACCUGCUGUCUCUAGUUGCUGUUGUCUUAUUUUACGUUUAUUACACUCAUCCAGAAGGCUGCUCUGAAAAUAAGGCAUUCAUCAGUGUUAAUAUGUUGCUGUGUAUUGGCGCCUCUGUAAUGUCAAUUCUGCCUAAGAUCCAGGAAUCUCAGCCAAGAUCUGGUUUGUUGCAGUCUUCAGUGAUCACGGUUUAUACAAUGUAUUUAACCUGGUCAGCUAUGACCAAUGAACCAGAAAGGAAAUGCAAUCCAAGCUUGCUGAGCAUAAUUGGCUACAACUCUACCACUGUUCCAAGACAAGGUCAGGUUGUCCAGUGGUGGGAUGCACAAGGAAUUGUAGGACUUAUCCUCUUUUUGCUGUGUGUUCUGUAUUCAAGCAUCCGGACAUCUAGUAACAGUCAGGUUAACAAACUGACGUUAACUAGUGAUGAAUCAACAUUGAUAGAAGAUGGAGUACCCAGAACUGAUGGCUCUUUGGAUGAUGGAGAUGAUGCCCAUCGUGCUGUAGAUAAUGAAAGAGAUGGAGUUACUUACAGUUAUUCCUUCUUUCACUUCAUGCUUUUCCUGGCCUCACUGUAUAUCAUGAUGACCCUCACCAACUGGUACAGUCCGGACUCUUCCUAUGAAAUGAUGAUUAGUAAAUGGCCAUCUGUCUGGGUGAAGAUAUCUUCCAGCUGGAUUGGCAUUGUGCUGUAUGUAUGGACUCUGGUGGCUCCGCUGGUUCUUACAAACCGUGACUUCGACUGAUCUGUGCCUCUCCCCUGAAGGCUUCAGUUCAUUUCACUACUUGUUGAAACUAACAGUAUUCCAGACUAAACUGUAGUUGUAAAUUUGUGCUUGCUACCCAUGUAAUAGACUGUGCCUUGUUCUGCAUGAUUACCUUUUAGAUCAUGUCAUCUUUCUCUGUGAUUACUAGCACAUUGAUUUUUCCUCAGAGCAUUUUAGGGUUAGUGCUAUGGGUGAGGUAGAUGUAAAAUUAGUUGGAGUUUGCGUUUCCCUUCCUCCCCCAAUGCUGUGAGUAACAAAGGGUGCAAGAACAACUGGCUUAGAACUUUAUUAGGCGUUCAAAAUAGGAAUUAUGGGAGGAAUUUUAAGCAAGUUGUUUUACUUUUGACAAUUUGUGUUGCCUUAUAUUCAAAGUCAGCCUUCAGAAUUGAGCAUUUUAGACAAAUUAAAAAUGUAACAUGCACCAUUUUGUCUGGUAGAAUGAAGUCCCUUGGCACUGUCUUGAUUUCACCACAUAAUAUAUAUUAAUGCAUUUAGCUUGAGUGAUGACUGCAGGUAUUGGAUCCCACGCUUUCAGAGAAGUUAUGUUCUCUUUGGAGCUAGUGUAUCAGAUGUGGCCUCUUGUUGACAAAAGAACAUAAGAGAAAAAUAUGCUGUGAAGAUUUGGUCCCAGGAGUCUGACAUGGAUUUGCAAUAGAAAAAGGACUUUAUAUAUUGCUAAGUUAUACUCUUUGUAUCUAAUCAAGCUGGAAGUUUGCAAGGAAAGUAGCAAGUCUCUUUGCAAAGAUUAGUGAAUUACUUGCUGGGCUUGACAGCAAAUGCUUAUGAUCAGAUGGUUGGAGAGAAGGCAGUGCUGAAGUUACAAAAACAUUAAAGUUUAAGUUCAGGAUAUUGGAACCUGAUCUAUUUUAAUAGCUUGUUACGUGCUGGUGUGUCCAUUGCUGGCAAUGAACUUGUGCCUGGACCAUAUGACUGGGCAUCAAGUUAACUAGUAGGUCUGAUUUAAAGAAAACUUGUAUAGUUAUGUGCAGUUUUUGAAAAUUUUAAAUGCUUUUGUGCCUGUUGCUUUGUAACUACAUAAAUUGUAUGUAUGUGUACUGUCAGUCUAAACAGAACCCAGAGUGUGUGGCAGCAGCCAUCUUCAUAUUAUCUAUUGUAUGGUGUUUCUACUGAUGUCUCAUGUAGCCUAAUUCUUGUCUCUAUUUAAGUUUUUUUAAUCUACUCCAAUCACAUUAGUGUAAACUAAUUAAGAAUGACUUGUUACUCGGAGCCAGUGAAAUUUGGAGGCAGAUGAAGUUAUGUACAGUCAUUUUGAAUAUAUUACCUAUCAAUAAACUCAGAUAAAGACUCA